AUGGCUCGACCGAGAAGCACUCCUGGGUCCGGAACGACGGCUCGAUCAUCCCCUCGGCUAUCGUCAGCCAAAUCCACACCAUCUAGAUCAGCCAAGAAACCAUCCACUCCCUUGAAGAGUUCAGUCAGCUCGACAACCACAAGGGGUAAGUGGAUUGAAAAAUCAGCCAAAAGAUCACCUUACUUCUCCAAAACCCAAUUCAAAUCCAAUUCCAAGUCCAAGUCCAGUGUCAAGUCGAAACCUCCGACAAAAGGGAAAGGUAAAAUUGAGAGCAAAGCUAAGAGUAAGGUGAAGCAACACGUAAAUGAUGACGAAGAAGAAGAAGGUCAAUCACCAAGUGGAUUAACUGAAUCUGAACAAUCUUCUACAAGCGAUGAUGAAGGCUCAGAAGAUAAUUUCGAUCCUUCAUCGCAAAGUGAAUUGGAUGAACCUAUCGAUGAAGAAGACGCAUCAGAAAACGAUUCUGUAGAUUCUGAUUUCAUAGACGAGACAACCUCCAAGAAGAGAAAGUCAACUUCCGGGAAUAGUGGCAAAAAGGGCAAUAACGCGAAGAAGACUAAACUGAAUAGUGGGAAUGGAAAGAAAUCAACUGGAAAUGGAAGUGUACAUAUUGAGGGAUAUGAAGAUGAGGAUGACGAUGAUGAGGAAAUUGAAUUGGAAGAAGGUCAAGAAAUUGCUGGUAGGAUUUACCCUGCGCCUAAAACCGGUCAAGUGCCAGCUGGACGUAUAUCACAGAACACGUUGAACUUCUUGAAGAAUCUGCAAAUACCAGAAAGGAAUGAUCGCGAUUGGUUCAGAUCACACGAACCAGCAUUCAGACAAGCUGAGAAUGAAUGGAAAGCUUUCGUCGGAAUGGUUCAAAUGAAAUUCCAUGAAGCUGAUGACGAAGUACCUAUACUACCACCCAGGGAUAUAAUCCACCGCAUAUAUCGAGAUGUACGAUUUUCAUCUGACAAAACGCCUUACAAGCGCAAUUUCUCAAUGUCAACAUCUAGAGGUGGACGUAAAGGGAUAUGGGCCGCAUAUCAUUUAUCGAUAUCACCUAAUAACCGAUCAUUGAUAGCUGCAGGUAUUUGGCAACCUGGUAAAAAUGAAUUAGCAACUAUACGACAUCAUCUCAUCUCUGAUCCACAACGUUUUCGAAAUAUAAUUCAAGAUGAACAAUUCGUUAAUCUUUUCGGAGAAGCAAAGGAGAAAAAGGGUAAAAGACAAAACGUUUUUGGUAAUGAUGACGCUUUAAAAGUAGCUCCUAAAGGUAUUGAAAAAGAUCAUAAAGAUAUUGAUUUAUUGAAAUUGAGAAGUAUCGCUGUUGUCCAUCAGUUCACUGACGAGCAAGUCAUCGCUAAAGAUUUCCAAGAACAGCUUUAUGACGUUUUAGUGGUCAUGCGUCCUCUCGUCAGAAUGUUGAACGAUUUCAUAUCCCUACCGCCUGAUGCAGGGAAUAAUGGUCACGAUGACGAUGCGAAUAAUGCUGUAGAAGAAGCGGACGGAGAGGGCGAUGGCGACGAAUGA